GGACACAAACUUAGGGCUAAUUUAGGGCAGGGAGGGUUUUGCGUGCGCGAAGAGGAUGAGUAAGGUGCACGGAUCUUUGGCCCGGGCGGGCAAGGUGCGCGGACAAACGCCCAAGGUCCAGAAGCAGGACAAGAAGAAGAAGCCCAAGGGCCGGGCGCACAAGCGGGAGCAGUACAACAGGCGCUUCGUCACGGCGGUUGUUGGAUUUGGCAAGAAGCGCGGCCCCAAUUCGUCCGAGAAGUAAAGAGGAUGAGAUUGAUGUUCUAGAAUUUUUGUUUUUUGUAUGAAACGCGAUGUGAGAGGUCACUCAAUUGCAAGACACUCUUUAGUGUGGA